AAAAAAAGUACAAAGCCGGCCACCCUCCCCACGUCCCCCCAUCCCAAUCCAAACACCCAUCCCACUCUCACACUCACCUCGCCCACAUCCCACACACAUCCCCACGCACACCCCACGCCUACCCCACGAGGUCGCCGCAAAACAAGGCCAGGAAAAAGAAAUUAUACCCGCCCGCUCCCGCAACCAGAUCUCAGAUCAGAAAUCGCCCCUUUGGGCUGCCUGCUUAAGUUUUUAUUCGCUUGCCCCGCACGCCACACGAGCUGAACGCCAUGGCUCCAUGCGCCACUUCUGAGGAGCCACAGGGCUUGAUGUCCUCGGUGUCGAUGGUGGAAGAGAGGGUGAUAACGAAGGCGGUGACAAUGCCGAUUCAGGCUUCUGUGUUGCACGGGCCAAGGGAUAUUAGACUUGAAACCCGCCACAUCGCACCUCCUCAGGAUGACGAGCUCCAGAUCGCCAUCAAAGCCACAGGUAUCUGCGGCUCCGACGUGAGCUACUACAAGAAGUUUGCCAACGGUGACCUCUGCGCCUGCUCUCCUCUCUCCCUUGGUCAUGAAUCAUCAGGUGUCGUCGUCGCCAUAGGCUCUCAUGUGAAGAAUUUCACCCUCGGCGACCGCGUCGCGCUCGAGGUUGGAAUCCCCUGUGGUAACUGCGGAGUUUGCAGAGAAGGCCGGUACAACCUGUGCAAGAAGAUGAGGUUUAGGAGUUCGGCAAAGAGCGUGCCGCAUUUCCAGGGUACGUUGCAAGAGAGGAUUAAUCACCCAGCGAGAUGGUGCUAUAAACUCCCUGACACUGUCUCCUUCGCCGCCGCCGCCCUACUCGAACCCCUCUCCGUCGCCAUCCACGCCGUAACCCGUGCCUCCGUCACCUCCGGCACCUCAGCCCUUGUCCUCGGUGCCGGCACCGUCGGCCUCCUCACCGCCGCCAUGGCCCGUCAGUCCGGCUGCCACACCGUGACAAUCGCCGAUCUCUCCGCUCCCCGCGUCGCCUACGCUCUCGCCCACGGCUUCGCAACCCACGGCUACGUCGUCCCGCCCUCCUCGCUCUCCCCAUCUACUACCUCAUCCGGCACUUCCACACCCGCAUCCUCCUCCACCGCGCCGCUCAGCACGCCCAUCUCGAGGUACGCGGAGACGACGCUACAGCUUGCUGCUGCAAAGGCACUAGCGGCUGAGUUAAUCGGCGUCACACAGAAGGCGCCUGAAGAUGAUGACAUGGAUGAUGUUGGUGUGGACUACACCUUCGAGUGCACUGGCGUGGAGGCAUGCAUGCAGACAUCUCUAUACGCGACGCGCCCGGGCGGAAAGGCUGUGAUCGUCGGCAUGGGUACACCAAUCCAAACGCUCCCGCUGUCUGCGGCGCAGCUGCGGGAGGUGGAUUUGGUUGGUGUCUUUAGGUACGCGAAUACAUACGAGCGGGCCAUCCGUGUGGUUGAGGGUGGCGCGCGGAUGAGGGCCCAAGGGCUGGGCGGGUUCCCGGAUCUGGAUGGCAUGGUGACGCAUCGGAUCAAAGGGCUUGGAGACGCGCAGAAGGGGAUGGAGUUGGCGUGUCGGACGAUGGAUAGGGAGGGAGGGUUGGUGGUUAAGGUUGUUAUUGAGACAUAAAGGGGCGGGAGAAAGAGGAGGAAUGGAGACGGAUUAAUGGGUAUUUGGGCGUCUUGGGGCUGUUUCGGGUCUGGCUUGACUUCAAUGAUCUGGGGUUUGAUCAAUUACUUGGGUGUUUGCCAUUCCUGGGGGAUCUUGGGAUUUAUUUCUUUGCUGUUUACGUCCAUUUUGGUUUUAUUUAGAUAGCCAGGGUGGGAAAGGGGCCAAAAGAAGCCAAGGGGGGAAGUUAAAAAUUCUGCACAACGAUCUACCUCGAUUAUGCGAGGAUAUGGGAAGGGAAUAGGGGUUUUGGACACAAUGGGAUGAAAUUUAUAGGGAUUUAUGGGAUUUAUGGUGUGGGUUUACCAAAGAUAGAAAUGAAUGAAUGAUAUGAAACAUUGACGUG